CUCGGGGCCCCGCGGGCGCCCCGCCCCGCCCCGGAGGCUCGCCCUCCUCACACCGCCCCGGAGGCUCGCCCUCCUCACACCGCCCCGGAGGCUCGCCCUCCUCACCGCCCCGCCCCGCCAUGGCCGAGCUGAUCCAGAAGAAGCUGCAGGGAGAAGUGGAGAAAUACCAGCAGCUGCAGAAGGACUUGAGCAAAUCCAUGUCAGGGAGGCAGAAGCUCGAGGCACAGCUAACAGAAAAUAACAUCGUGAAGGAGGAACUGGCCUUGCUGGAUGGAUCCAACGUGGUCUUCAAGCUCCUGGGGCCCGUGCUUGUCAAACAGGAGCUAGGGGAGGCUCGGGCCACGGUGGGGAAGAGGCUGGACUACAUCACCGCCGAAAUUAAGCGCUACGAAUCGCAGCUGCGGGACCUUGAGAGGCAGUCAGAGCAACAGAGGGAAACCCUUGCUCAGCUGCAGCAGGAGUUCCAGCGAGCCCAGGCAGCAAAGGCUCCUGGGAAGGCCUGACCCCAUGGAAGGGGGAGAGGAGGGAGGGCUGAGUCAGCUCCAGGGUCUACACUAGAAUAGCCAAUAAAAUGUAAACAAAACCAG